AUGGUUUUACCUCGAGGACGUAAUGAGAGGGGACAAUUUGUUGCUAGCCGUCAACAUCGUGGUCCAACUGCUGAUAUCCCAGCAGAUGAUCUGUCUGGAAAUGCUUUGGUAGCUGGUGGUUCUUCAGCAGCUGUUUUCUCUCGUGUGGAUGGUUCUGUGGAUGAUGCUUCUACUCCUCUUUCUGUCCCUCCAGUACCUACUUCACCUCAGAGGACAGCCCGACCUAGUCCAUCCUUCCCCUACCUACCCCUCGAACUACGGUCGAUGUCGACCCCAGUGGAAAGACCGAUGGUGGAUUCGGUGGAACGAAGGUUGUCAGUGAUGCAGUACGGAGGCCGACUGAGUCGAGCAUUGGAAGAUGCCCGCGCUCAGAGGAUGAUGAGGACAGUCAGAAGACUGCUGCUUAUGACGGUGAAGGAGAAACGACGUCUUCCUGAACAGACCGAACUGGGUGGUCCGAAUCAGGAUAUUGCUCUUGGUGAUGCUGUUAAGGUAGCUCGGGCUUGGAAAUCAUCGAGCCAGUAUCCGAAAAUUGAGCUUUUUCGUGGAGAUACUGAUGCUAGAGAUGGGAAACCUGCUCGUGUUGUUGAUAAGCAUAUGAAGCACUUUCGAGAUGCUUGCUCUUUUGGCGAUUUGCUGAAAGAGUUUUGGAAGGUGCUUUAUAAUGAGUAUUCUUCUUCGGGUGACUACUUUCAAUUAUAUCCCGAUAUGAAGACUACUGUGAUGAAUUUAUGA